CAAGUGUUGGUGAAAUCGUGUGGCAAAAGUCAAUUUGAAGCUGGAAAAUUUACCUUAUAGACCGCAGUGGCCUUAUAAAAACAUUGUAAAGAAAACGAACCACGCGCUGAAAACAUUUAAACAAUAUAUUUGAGAAAGAAAAGUUAUUUUUCGACCAAAAACAUAGCAUAGCGAGUGCGGAUAACGUCAAAAGAAGAAAGCAAAAUGUGAGUUUGAGAGAGCAAGAUCAGUUGCUCUCUUCUCUUGCCGCUUUCAAUGUGAAUAAAUACAGUUUGUUAUUGUUCGCGCGCGACUUUCACGAAAUUGUAAUUGUAAAAAUGUUAUAAAAAUAUAGUUUGCAAGGCGAGCGACCCAUGGCAGUGUGCGUGCAUUGAAUUCGGCAUAAAUAUUGAGACAUUUUAGUAAAUUGUUAAAAUGGAUGCACAGUUUGAGCACUUGUGUCGUAUUUGUGCGGCCAACACUAAGAGCAAAAACAACUCUGUGGUCGAAAGUGUUUUCAUAUUCAAGACCCAAGGUUUAAAGGAUAAAAUAUCGCGUCAUCUAUACCUAAACGUAGCUGAGGAGGAUCCACUGCCCAAGGUACUCUGCAAAUCCUGCUAUCGGCAGGUGGAGGCAACAUCGUCACUCUCGAAUAUAGCAAAGCACACACAACUUGUGUUUCGGGACUUUUUACUAAGCACAGUGCCAAAAAAUGAUCGCGAAGCAACGGCAGCACGGCUUGACAUGCCAAUGGAGCAGACAGUUAGAAAAAACGUGGAAAAGCAUUCGGUGCCUGAUGAAUUCCGUCCGAUUUUUCUGACUCGUGGACCAGAAACCACCAUCACUGUAUCAAUGCCCCAGGCGGGCACUCAAGAAGAGGAUGACAUCGUGGGCGAUAGAGUGAAGGAGAUCCACCACGAGACGCGAAGGGAGCAUGCCCUACCAGUGGCAUCUUCCAGCUAUAGUAAUAGCAUGGCUGGCAUAAGUACAGGGACAAGCAAUAAUGUACCAAGGCGGCGCAGCAGCGUUUUUGUUGAUACGCGUUACGGUUCGGCACCGAUGUCGAUAGCACAGCGGUCGAUGCAGUGUCCUCCAUCCUUAGCUCCCCUUCAUUCCGAUGUGAGGGCUUUGAAAACAUCGAAAAGCAUCCCGGAAAAGAAACAUUCGCCGGCAGGCGUGAUUAACUUUAUUCAAACGCAUGGACGCGUUACGGGCAACGCACCUACUUUCAGUAGUAGUAGCACCAAAAAGGAUUCCGGACAAAACUCCAACGGAACGGAUACCAGAAAUCCUCAAACUUCCGUGCAGGCACCCUCUCCCAGUAGUGUCGGCAUUCCUAAUCUUCCCAAUAGCGUGCUGCAGCAAAAACGGAGAAAUCUCAAAAAUGCAUUGAACAAUAUAAAAGCCAUACACAGUGGACAGGUAUCAUUGCUGAAAUCGGCUCAAAGUCGACAACCAGUUGCCAAUCUUAGACCAUUGGUCACCACUACAGUAGUGCCACACCGAUCCCUGUAUGGAUGUGAGCCAUGCGUCGAAGAAGCACUGCCGGAGCACAUUAUUAUAGCGGCACCCAAGAAAAAAAAGGAUGAUGUCCACCACAUGGUCCAAAAGGGGCCAUCAAAACUUAAAAAGAUAGUUUCAAGCCCAACCAAAUCUGCCCCUGUCACACUCGACUUAACGUUAGCACCGACCGGUCCACAAAGUUCUGGCCCAUCGCCAUCGAUGUCUAAUGUAAAUAGCCUUACGGAUGCCAUUUCAUUGGGAAGUGUUAUUCGGGAUCCUGACUUGUUAAGGCUUAUUCUAAAAGCACUCAAAUGGCCAGUCUCAGACGGAAAUUGUGAAGAGCAAAUGACUCGUUUAAAGAGCUCAAAGUUUGCCGGUAUUAUGUCUGACAACAAUCUCUUGCAAGACACUGAUCUCACGCAGUUGCUCGGCCCGUAUUUGGCUCCUAUGCUGGCGGUGGUGCAAAACCACGAAAAUCAGUCGUCUACAUCCCUUUUCGCAUCGAACUCGUUGACUUCACCGGCGUCAAACGAGGUUAUAAACAUAGCUGACUUAUCAAGCUCGAUUCCAUAUAAAUUACCUCCGGAAACGUCAGUUCAAUUAGUGCCAUCUAGUCCCACCGAUCAGGAACCACCACAAUUACGGCUCAUAAAGACAGUCCCCUCCGUAAAGCGCCCACAACGAAAGAUGCGCGCCCGCGAAUUUGUUUCUGGAAAGUCGCACACUGACACUGCAGCCGCCACAUCGAAUGCGGAACGUGUUACCAACGAGCUACUAAACAUCAACUCUAUGCUAAUGUCACAAUUCAGAUCUAAUCCAGCCGAUGCGCUUAACGAAGCGCUUAUUUCAAUGCUUAAGGAACAACAGGAAUCAAAAGACCAAUAUAAAAGCCACCGUCGUCGUAGUGCAUCCAGCAGUAAUCUAAAUUUGGAAGAUAUUGUGCUAGUCGAACCGCAACCGGCCCUAGAGGGCGUUCAAACUGUUUCUGACAUCAGCGAGGUAGACGACCUAAGCCCGCAACCCCAAGAACCUUUGAUAACACGCCCAAUUGUAAAGAGGCGGAAGACCGUCACUCCGUUAUCCGAACUGCCUGAAAUCAUAGUGCCUAAUGAGGAAGAACCCCUGACUCUCAUAAAAGGGAAUGAAACCAGUGCUGCAACAGGGCCUACUAUUUCUAAGAAUACAGAAGAGGAUACAAAUAAAGAUGGGAAAUCGCCAAGUCCUCAAGAGCCAUUAGAAUUGUCACAAGCACCCACUAGUACCGUCCCUGAAGCCAAAAACAAUGACGAUAUUACACCCAACACUCAGGAACAACCUGAGGCAACAACUGAUGCCGCUGCAGGUAUUUUCAAUGAUAUCGAAGGUGUCGGCAAAACAGGAAUUCGCAAAUCAGAUGUCAAGUCUGCUCUUGGUCAAAAAUUGUUAGAGGCCAUUGGUCUACCCCAGAAUAGCGAUUUGCCACCGGAGAGUUCACGAGAUACUGUCCGAAGCGCACUAAAACGUUCUUUGAAAAAGGCCCAGGAGCAACAGCAACAAUUGAAGCGAGUCAAGCAGGAAGAGCCAGUGAAACAAUUGGCAGACUCAACCACCAAGCCGAGUGCUUCCGAAUCAGCUGAGGAGCAUAAAAAGGCCAUAGCGGAACGAGAGCUUGCGCUACUGAAACGCAGAUCUAAAGUAUCUGAAGAAAGAAAACCAUCACUGAAAGAUGAAAAAUCUGAACGUACAGAUGUUAGCUCUUCCUCGUCGCGGAAUCGUAGAAAUCGCAAAUCCAAGACCGACGUAUUAGUGGAAGACUCAGCGGAUGAAGAAAAGAAACCCGAGCGAUGGGAUGAGGAUGAUGACUUGCCGUUGAAAACGGAAGGGGAGAAAGCCUUAGAAAGGAGCGGCAGCAGUAGCAGCAGUCGCCCCGCACGCACCAGCAAGACUAUGUCCAAGUAUUAUAAGGGACCUAGCGGUGACAAAACAUUAUCGUCCCUGAAAUCACAACACUCAAUGGGUACACGGUCGACACGGCAACGUUGAGAUGUUUGAAAUACACGACUCGCUUACCUUUCACGUAUCAAAUACGACAAUA